AAAUAUAUCUUGUUGAGCGAGCCUGGCCCAUCGAUGCAUCUCGGUUCAUGCAUGACGCGCGGCAGUCGAGUCGAGCGUAAAAUUACCAAAAAUCUGCCCGAGUCUCUCGGCUGUUAUGAUGACUUGAGGACCGAUGAACUGUUCGAUGCAUGCAGUGAGCGGCGAGAAGACGGAUCGACGUUACCAGUUAUUGCGCAACACUUGCGGACGACACAUAGAGAUGUAUACUAGUAACAUCUCUAUGGGACGACAUGAUUACACUGUACUGGCUCGUUGCACUAUACGCCACGGCCACGGUCAGAGUUGAGAACUUGAGUCUUUGCUUGCUACCUCCAUUCCCUGCCUUCAUUUCAAGUAUUUUUCAGCCAGCUCAUCUAAAAAGUAAAAUUUAGCACAAUCUACAUGAUCUAAAUUUAACGUUAGAUCUAAGUCAGUAACAUAAGUUUGGUCUAACUUUUGUUAGACAAGAAAAAUUGUUAAUUCAAAUUCAAUUGACGAAAACAGGACACUUCUUCUGACGCUAUGUCUGGAACAAUUUUCACUCCAACAAAUCAGAUCCGGUUAACGAAUGUUGCCAUCGUUAGAAUAAAGAAAACUGGUAAAAGAUUUGAGAUAGCCUGCUACAAGAACAAGGUCAUGUCAUGGAGAAAUAAAGUAGAGAAGGACAUUGAUGAGGUUUUACAAACGCAUUCAGUAUUUGUGAAUGUCUCCAAGGGUCAGGUCGCCAAGAGAGAAGAUCUUGUCAAAGCUUUUGGAACAGAAGAUACCACAGAGAUUUGCAAACAAAUUUUAGCCAAGGGUGAACUGCAGGUCUCUGACAAAGAGCGUAGCCAGCAGCUUGAGUCCAUGUUCCGUGAUAUUGCAACAAUCGUAGCUGAGAAGUGUGUUAACCCCAACACUAAGAGACCGUAUACUGUAGGCAUGAUAGAAAGAGCAAUGAAAGAUAUACAUUACUCUGUCAAACCAAACAGGAGUACAAAGCAACAGGCUCUGGAGGUCAUCAGGAAACUUCGAGAGACUGAGACCAUGGCAAUAGAUCGUGCUCAGAUGAGGUUGAGGAUUGUUCUACCAGGGAAAGAAGCCAAGAAGGUGAAGAGCAAACUGAUCCAACUCAUAGCUACAGUUGAAGAGGAACAUUUCAGUGAUGGUUUAGAAAUGGUAUGCCUAGCUGAUCCUGGAUGCUACAGAGAGAUGGAGGAACUGGUCAAGGAGAGUACCAGAGGGAAGGGGAUGGUGGAGGUAGUCAGUCUCAAGGAGGUGGAAGAAGGAGAUGAGAGAUUAGAAUGAAACGUCCUCAUCACUCUUAACCCAUCGACUAUUGAACUCUAUCAUUUCCAUGGACAUUGUACAUGGCCCACAAGGUUCUAGUCGGCAAUGGGUUAAUCUGUGGAUGAAUGCACCAGUUUUUGCUCCGAACUCCAAGUAGGAUUUAUGGCAGAGUUGUUGUACAACCAGAGAUUCUUUCUUGGUAUAACCAGAGUUCGAUCUUGGGUUUACAAUUGAAUGUUGUACAACCGACCCAAUUUUAGAUGGGUCAAUGAAUAUUUGGUUGCAUGGAUGAGAAUGCAUUAACCAUCUAGAUUUCUUAUCAAAGGGGAUUUUCAGUAAAACCAAAACUUACUUUCAUAGGCCCAUAUUCUGAACUCUGGUUAUUUGUUUUAACUAUGGGUAUUCAAAGGUGACACCAAUCGUAUAAUUAGAUGAUCAAUUUAUCAUCACAUUUUGAAAAGAUAUCAUUGAAUAUUGUCAUCAAAACAGGGGAAGGACCUAAUAAACACAAAAUGCAUAACAGUGAAAACAAAUUCUGGAAACUUAAAGCUUCCCAUAAGUUUGAUUAAUUUCCCAGACUUAGAACUUGAUUUUAGUUAAACUGUGGUCCAAAAUACAGACCUAAAGAUUCAUUCUUGCAUUUGUGAAAUGUGAUUGCACUAUACAUUAACUGUGUAUUGAUAUUUAAGGCAUUAUACUUGUACGCACUGUACCUCGUCACGAGAACGGUUGCUGUAAGUACACAAGAUUCUUGGUGUAUAUACUGAGCCUUGGCAAUAUGAUAAUGAUUUCAUCAAAGAUAAGUCUUCCUAGACAUGGGUACCAGGUGAUGUGAAAGAAAUUAGAAUGCAUACUUUCAAUUUAUAAACAUUUCAGUCAUCUGAAGAGAAUGACAUAAUCCUGCAAGGCUAGUUUACUUGUAGAUCAAACAAAUUUCUGUUGAACAUGCUGCAGGGCACUAGGGCUGUGUUUUGUGAAUGAUUUCAGUCUCACUCUACCAAUUUUAGUGCUGGUUCUUUAGUCACUCUAUAACCAUUUGUAGACUGAAGUUUGGUUUGAUAUUCAAAGUAUGCUGUUUAUUCAGACAUUUAAGUUGUCAUAUAUAGACAGUUGAGUAGCUGAGGUUGUAACUCACAGAAGAUUAUAGAUUUUAACUCAUUUUAUUGAAACCUGUUGCUUGCCGGCAGUAAACAUGUCAAAAAUGCUUGUAAAGAUACAAGAAUUUGAACGAAAAGAUUCGUCUGCAGGAGUUAAAACUUACAAAAUUUUGUGAAAAGACAAAACAAAGGAUUGGUAUACAUUCUUUAUGCAAAAUUCAUUUUUUGCCAACAAGUGCCUUUGAAACUGGUUAUAUUUGCAAAUUGUUGAAUGUCAAAGAAAUGCUUGGUUAUUUCACAGUAAUAUUUGAUUAUUUCACACAUAGAAAGAAUGAUAAAGUAUAACUGUUUCAAGUCUUGUCUGGUUUCUCUUUCUUCUUUAGACUGGCAAGUAUACGUAAUUUACCCCCUCCCAAGUAAAAUAUCUCAUUUAAAUCAAACAGAUUUCUGUUGUCCCAAGAGAUUUGACUUGGGCAGAGUUGUUUAUAGUUGUUUGCAAGAGACAUUGAUAAUUGUCUCUUGUAUUCUUUGCACCAAUUAGAUUACUGUGCAAUAUUAUUUCAUAUCUUACAACAAUGGUGUGUGUUAGAUGUUUCCGUUUGUUAAUUGUAUUUCUUCACUUGUCUAGCUUUUUAGGCAGGUGGAAUACACAUUGGAAACCUGGUCACAAAUUAUGUAUGAAUUUUGUUCCUAAUAAAUGUUGUUAUAUGCAUGCAGUAUGAAAAUCAAUGUCUAAUUAGUAUACUAGUAAUCUGAAUAUCAAAUAGUCAGGCUCAUCUAGCAGUAUCUAACUUGUAGUCAGACUAUUUAUAUAUGGUAUAUGAAAAGAAAUUGGUUAAAUGUUAAAAGAAAUACUGGUUGGAGAUGAAAUAAGAAUGAAAUAAGAUCUUAAAGAUAUUAGAAAAAGGGCCACAGGCACUUCACUAUUAAAUUGGUAUUAUCAUUAGACCAAGUGACGGUUUGUGCCAUGUUAUGGGGUACAUGUAUAGGCCUAUAUAUCUAAUUAAGGAUAAAAAUGUACAAAUAAAACAUUUUGACUACUUUUA